CUAGAGCGCGCAUCCCCGAGCUGCGGCUUGCUCGACGCCACCGAACGCCAGCGACUCCGCGGAACCCCAAGCGAUUUUAGCCUAUUGUAGCUGCUAAUUUGAGUGCAGCUGCGGGGGGGAAAGCGUACAUCUUCUACCCUUCUAGCCCCCAAUGACCAGGUUUUCGAGCACUAUAUAUCGCAGAUCCUCACAUCGUGAAGAUGGCUAAAUUUUCGCUUUGCACAUCGAUCUGUAAAGACCCACUCGAAGAAUGGCUCCCAUAAAAGUCGGCAUUCUAGGCUACGGCUUUGCCUCUAAGUCCUUCCACCUCCCCUUCAUCCGCGCCCUGCCAUCCUCUUAUACUGUCACCGCCAUCCUCCAGCGUGCCGAGGCCCCCUCUGAUCCGUCCUCUGCCGCCAAAGGCUCCCAUUGCACUGUUGAUUUCCCGGAUAUCAAGCACUACCGAAAAGCAGAAGACUUCUUUGCGGAUGCAGAGAUAGACUUUGUGGUGGUGGCCACGCACGCGGAUACGCAUGCGCUCUUUGCGGAGCAGGCGAUGAGAGCGGGGAAGAACGUCAUCGUUGACAAGCCCUUUGCUCGAUCCACGGCAGAGGCAGAUUCCGUGAUCAAAGUCGCCAAGGAGACAGGCCGCAUCGUGACUUGCUUCCAGAACCGUCGCUGGGACGGCGACUUCCUCACACUCCGAGCCCUCCUCGAAAACUCUAUGCUCGGCACCCCUGUCGAAGCAAUAAUCCACUAUGACUUCGACCGUGCGCCUUGGCUGCACCGCAUGACGGCGAAGGAAUACACGCCUGGCUCAGGCCACUUGUACGGUCUCGGAACCCACUCCCUCGACCAAGCAUUCACGCUCUUCGGCCGCCCCGCCCACGUAACCGCAUUUCUCCGCUCCCAGCGGGCCGUCGAGAACCCGGAUGCGCCCAGCGCAGUUGAGGAUUCGUUCACGGUCAUCCUGCAAUAUGGCGGUCCACAGAAGGACUUGCUCGUCACCGUGAAGACGGCCGUCGUGUCGCCAAUGGACAAGCAACUAAAAUACUGGAUCCGCGGAACGAAGUCGAGUUACACCAAAUGUCAACAGCGCAGCACGUGUCCUCAGGAAGAAUCGAUAUCCGCCAAUCUCGCACCUACUGAUGCCGAUUUUGCGCGCGAAGACGACCGUUUCCGUGGAACUUUGGCUAGUUAUGAACAGGUCGACGAGAAGAUUCAAAGUUUCGACGAGGCGAGUCAGCGCUGGGUUGGCCGGGUACCAAACGUGAGAGGCAGGUGGAUGGGGCUAUAUGAGAAUGUCGCGGGGUAUAUAAGGGGCGAGGGGGAGCUGGAGGUCAAGGUGGAGGACGUGCGGGAUGUGUUGAGGUGCAUUGAGUUAGCGAGGGAGAGCAGUGAGAAGGGGAUGACCGUGGCAUGGCGUUGAACUAGGUUGAGCUAGUCGUGGAACUGAGGGUACAGACCGGAUAGAGAGGCGGGGAUGUGUUGCAGCAGAACGAGAGGGCAAGGUACGUGGUGAGCGGCGGUGCGGUAAGAUAGGGCAAUUCAGAGGGAGAUAAAACACCGAGUCUUCUUAGGGUCAUCUGCUCCUUGUUUUGACGUGCAAUCUGCGCGGGAGGGGUGAGAGUAUGGGCGAC